CUUCACCUAGGAGGGAGGUGGGGCGGAGAGGGGCGCAGAGAGGCGGGUGGGGGAGGAGGGAGGAAGUCACGUGAGGGCGCUGCGUGCGCGCGGCGCCUCAUCCGUUGCCCCUCCCCCGCCCCUCCUGGCGGGGCGGGGGGGCUGGGGGAGGGGCGUUAAGAUGGCGGCGGGGAGGUAGGCAGAGCUGGACGCCGCUGCUGCCGCCGCCACCGCCGCCUCCGCUCCAGUCGCCUCUGGUCCUUCAAACUCGCACCUCCCGGGAGGAGCUGUCCUGGCGCCGGGUCCCGCGGGAAAAAUGGUGGAACCAGGGCAAGAUUUACUGCUUGCUGCUCUGAGUGAGAGUGGAAUUAGUCCGAAUGACCUCUUUGAUAUUGAUGGUGGAGAUGCAGGGCUUGCAACUCCAAUGCCUACCCCGUCAGUUCAGCAGUCAGUGCCAUUUAGUGCAUUAGAACUAGGUUUGGAGACCGAAGCAGGAGUUCCUGUUAAACAAGAACCAGAGACUGUACCUACUCCAGCACUAUUAAAUGUGAGGCAGCAGCCUCCAUCUACUACAACAUUUGUGCUGAAUCAAAUAAAUCAUCUUCCACCCUUGGGAUCUACAAUUGUAAUGACUAAAACACCACCUGUAACAACCAACAGGCAAACCAUCACUUUAACUAAGUUUAUCCAGACUACUGCAAGCACACGCCCGUCAGUCUCAGCACCAACAGUACGAAAUGCCAUGACCUCUGCACCUUCAAAAGACCAAGUUCAGCUGAAGGAUCUACUGAAAAAUAAUAGUCUUAAUGAACUGAUGAAACUAAAGCCUCCUGCUAAUAUUGCUCAGCCAGUAGCAACAGCAGCUACUGAUGUAAGCAAUGGUACAGUAAAGAAAGAGUCUUCUAAUAAAGAAGGAGCUAGAAUGUGGAUAAACGACAUGAAGAUGAGGAGUUUUUCCCCAACCAUGAAGGUUCCUGUUGUAAAAGAAGAUGAUGAACCAGAGGAAGAAGAUGAAGAAGAAAUGGGUCAUGCAGAAACCUAUGCAGAAUACAUGCCAAUAAAAUUAAAAAUUGGCCUACGUCAUCCAGAUGCUGUAGUGGAAACCAGCUCUUUAUCCAGUGUUACUCCUCCUGAUGUUUGGUACAAAACAUCCAUUUCUGAGGAAACCAUUGAUAAUGGCUGGUUAUCAGCAUUGCAGCUUGAGGCAAUUACAUAUGCAGCCCAGCAACAUGAAACUUUCCUACCUAAUGGAGAUCGUGCUGGCUUCUUAAUAGGUGACGGUGCUGGUGUAGGAAAAGGAAGGACAAUAGCAGGAAUCAUCUAUGAAAAUUAUUUGUUGAGUAGAAAACGAGCAUUGUGGUUUAGUGUUUCAAAUGACUUAAAGUAUGAUGCUGAAAGAGAUUUAAGAGAUAUUGGAGCAAAAAACAUUUUGGUUCAUUCAUUAAAUAAGUUUAAAUACGGAAAAAUUUCUUCCAAACAUAAUGGGAGUGUGAAAAAGGGUGUUAUUUUUGCUACUUACUCUUCACUUAUUGGUGAAAGCCAGUCUGGCGGCAAGUAUAAAACUAGGUUAAAACAACUUCUGCAUUGGUGCGGUGAUGACUUCGAUGGAGUGAUAGUGUUUGAUGAGUGUCAUAAAGCCAAAAACUUAUGUCCUGUUGGUUCUUCAAAGCCAACCAAGACAGGCUUAGCAGUUUUAGAGCUUCAGAACAAAUUGCCAAAAGCCAGGGUUGUUUAUGCUAGUGCAACUGGUGCUUCUGAACCACGCAACAUGGCCUAUAUGAACCGUCUUGGCAUAUGGGGUGAGGGUACUCCAUUUAGAGAAUUCAGUGAUUUUAUUCAAGCAGUAGAACGGAGAGGAGUUGGUGCCAUGGAAAUAGUCGCUAUGGAUAUGAAGCUUAGAGGAAUGUACAUUGCUCGACAGCUGAGCUUUACUGGAGUGACCUUCAAAAUUGAGGAAGUUCUUCUUUCUCAGAGCUAUGUUAAAAUGUAUAACAAAGCUGUCAAGCUGUGGGUCAUCGCCAGAGAGCGGUUUCAGCAAGCUGCAGAUCUGAUUGAUGCUGAGCAACGAAUGAAGAAGUCCAUGUGGGGUCAAUUCUGGUCUGCUCACCAGAGGUUCUUCAAAUACUUAUGCAUAGCAUCCAAAGUUAAAAGGGUUGUGCAACUAGCUCGAGAGGAAAUCAAGAAUGGAAAAUGUGUUGUAAUUGGUCUGCAGUCUACAGGAGAAGCUAGAACAUUAGAAGCUUUGGAAGAGGGCGGGGGAGAAUUGAAUGAUUUUGUUUCAACCGCCAAAGGUGUGUUGCAGUCACUCAUUGAAAAACAUUUUCCUGCUCCAGACAGGAAAAAACUUUAUAGUUUACUAGGAAUUGAUUUGACAGCUCCAAGUAACAACAGUUCACCGAGAGAUAGUCCUUGUAAAGAAAAUAAAAUAAAGAAGCGGAAAGGUGAAGAAAUAACUCGAGAAGCCAAAAAAGCACGAAAAGUAGGUGGCCUUACUGGUAGCAGUUCUGACAACAGUGGAAGUGAAUCUGAUGCCUCUGAUAAUGAAGAAAGUGACUAUGAGAGCUCUAAAAACAUGAGUUCUGGAGAUGAUGACGAUUUCAACCCAUUUAUAGAUGAGUCUAGUGAGGAUGAUGAAAAUGAUCCCUGGUUAAUCAGAAAAGACCACAAGAAAAACAAAGAGAAAAAAAAGAAGAAAAGUAUAGAUCCAGAUUCUAUUCAAAGUGCCUUAUUAGCGUCAGGUCUUGGAUCAAAACGACCUAGUUUUUCAUCUACGCCAGUUAUCUCACCUGCUCCUAACAGUACACCAGCUAACAGUAACACCAACAGUAACAAUAGCCUUAUAACAAGUCAGGAUGCUGUGGAAAGGGCUCAGCAGAUGAAGAAAGACCUGCUUGAUAAGCUAGAAAAAUUAGCUGAAGACCUCCCCCCUAAUACCCUGGAUGAACUUAUCGAUGAACUUGGUGGCCCUGAGAAUGUUGCUGAGAUGACUGGCCGCAAGGGACGGGUUGUGAGCAAUGAUGAUGGAAGCAUAUCUUAUGAGUCAAGAUCUGAACUUGAUGUGCCUGUGGAAAUACUAAACAUCACAGAAAAACAACGAUUUAUGGAUGGAGAUAAGAAUAUUGCUAUCAUCUCAGAAGCUGCCAGCUCGGGUAUUUCAUUGCAAGCAGAUAGGAGAGCUAAAAAUCAAAGGCGAAGAGUUCAUAUGACUUUAGAAUUACCCUGGAGCGCUGAUAGAGCAAUUCAACAAUUCGGACGUACUCAUAGAUCAAACCAAGUUACUGCUCCUGAGUAUGUCUUUCUGAUUUCUGAACUGGCAGGAGAACAAAGAUUUGCAUCUAUUGUUGCUAAAAGACUUGAGAGUUUGGGGGCACUUACACAUGGCGAUAGAAGAGCAACAGAAUCUAGGGAUCUGAGCAGGUUCAACUUUGAUAAUAAGUAUGGAAGAAAUGCUUUAGAAAUUGUGAUGAAAUCCAUUGUAAACUUGGAUUCUCCUAUGGUAUCACCACCUCCAGACUAUCCUGGAGAAUUUUUUAAAGAUGUUCGACAAGGACUGAUAGGAGUUGGCCUGAUAAAUGUAGAAGAUCGCUCGGGAAUUCUUACUCUCGAUAAAGAUUAUAACAACAUAGGAAAAUUCUUAAAUAGAAUUUUAGGCAUGGAGGUACAUCAGCAGAAUGCAUUAUUUCAGUAUUUUGCGGACACACUUACUGCAGUUGUUCAAAAUGCCAAAAAAAAUGGAAGAUAUGAUAUGGGAAUCUUAGAUCUUGGUUCUGGAGAUGAAAAGGUGAGGAAAAGUGAUGUUAAAAAGUUUCUGACUCCAGGAUAUUCAACCUCUGGCCACGUAGAAUUAUACACAAUUAGUGUAGAGAGGGGAAUGUCAUGGGAGGAAGCUACCAAGAUUUGGGCUGAGCUGACAGGACCAGACGAUGGCUUUUACUUGUCAUUGCAAAUAAGGAACAACAAGAAAACUGCCAUCUUAGUUAAAGAAGUGAAUCCUAAAAAGAAACUUUUCUUAGUUUAUCGACCAAAUACUGGGAAGCAGCUCAAAUUAGAAAUUUAUGCUGAUCUAAAAAAGAAAUAUAAGAAGGUCGUCUCAGAUGAUGCCCUGAUGCACUGGUUAGAUCAGUAUAAUUCAUCUGCAGAUACUUGUACUCAUGCUUAUUGGCGCGGCAAUUGCAAAAAAGCAAGCUUGGGGUUAGUUUGUGAAAUAGGUCUUCGUUGCCGUACAUAUUAUGUAUUAUGUGGUUCAGUGCUGAGUGUCUGGACAAAAGUUGAGGGUGUUCUAGCAUCUGUCAGUGGCACAAACGUGAAGAUGCAGAUCGUGCGGCUAAGAACGGAAGAUGGGCAACGGAUUGUAGGUUUGAUCAUUCCAGCAAAUUGUGUGUCUCCUCUUGUAAAUCUCCUAUCAACUUCAGACCAGUCUCAACAGCUUGCGGUCCAACAGAAACAGCUAUGGCAACAGCAUCACCCUCAGAGCAUCACCAACUUGAGCAACGCAUGAAGAACAGACAGGUUUCAACAUGGAUGGAUCUGAAAUGCUGUUGAAGCAUAUCAUUUGCAUAAAAAUCAGGGACAGUUUCCAAAGAAUUAUGUUUUUUUUUCAGUUGUGCUCUCUCUAGUUAGUUUUUUUGGGAGUAAGGACAAACCUGGAAUAGAUAGCAAAACUGAAAAUCAGCAGUGCUGAUGGUGGUACAUAUGUCUUUCCUUUAGCUUCUCCCCUGAUAAUUCCCAUCUGCUUUUACUUUGGGUGAGCAGAGGGGGAUGUGUGCGUGCGUGUGUGUCAGUCUGUCUGUGAGUGUGUUAAAGGCUACAGACCACAGUUGGUUUAAAAUGCUUGGAACUUCCCAAACUGGCUUUACUUUAUGUUUAUACAGUGCUCAGGGUUAACGCAGUACAUCCAUGCCAUUGCUGUGGGAGGUAUCCCCGGAUGCAUGUGUUUUGAGUCUAUAAAUAUAGAAAAUAUAUAUUGGUUUCUUUUUCCAACUUAAUAGGUUUAUUAAAGCAUGAAAUGAAAGGUUGCAUAUCAUGCAUUCAGGUUAUUUUCUAAUUUUUGUUCUGACAGUGCAUGUCUUUGAAAGCAUGCGUAAACAAGAUUAACACAGGAGUCGAGUAACAGAGAGAAACAUUUGUUAGAUGUACAGCAUUGGUUAUUGCAUUUUUAUAGUGUUUAUACCUGGGUAUUGCUUCAAACCCUGCAGACCCCUCCUGCCCCUUCUCCCUGCCCUGGGUUUCUGGUCAAGGUAAUGAAUACAUACAUUUUUCUGUGAUAACUCUUAAAAGUUAAUUUUAAUGUAUUAAUAGUAUUCCUAAUGUGUGCUGCAGAAAUGGCUAUAAGCCUCUUAAAUUUACAUUUUCAACUUAAAGGUAGUUUAGAAGGAAGUACAAAUUGGCUUUCAUCUUGCAAACAAUCGUUUUUUACUUCAUUAUCUUAAUUUGCUUUGUCACUCAUAAAAAGGAAACCAUACUUGAGUUGUAGACAAUGAGGAAACACUUGAGGCUUCUGCUGUAUGUUUUUUUGUUACUGUUGUUAUUGUUGUUACUCAGUAACUUGAAUAUUGUUUAAUGUGUUUUAAGACAUUGUAGAGUUUAUCUCAAGCUGUUAAAAAUGGUAAUGUACAAAUGUGAAUAGACACUUAUCUAUAUAAUAUGGGUAAGUUUUGUUUCGCCUAUAAUAGAUGUUUAUAAAAACAAGUGAGGGGACAGUUGGUCUUUUUAUUUCCUUUUCUUUCUUUUUCUUUUCUUUUUUUUUGCUUACACAGGUUGCACUAUUGAAAAAUCGAGAUUGUAUGAACCUGGUAAAAAGCUGCAAGAUGCCAAAAUCUUGUAGAUGUCAAAUAAAAAGUUAUUAUACUAACAAGAAGUGGAGUCUUGUUUAGGCCCUCACUGGUGACCUUCAGAAGUAGUCUGUGAUGGGAACUCAGCAGAACUUGUGUGUUGUCUCAGCAUUCCAGCCCUCUGAAAACCGUCUCAAAAUGGACCUCACAAAGGCAACCAGUGUGAAUGGAUGGGAGCUGGGGUGUUCCCAGGCUGGUCAUGAUGUGUGCAGCACCCAGAGAGUUGCACCCACUCCUUCUUCAGGUGGACAUCCGACCUUUACACUGUGGUCUUGCAAAAAUCAGUGAGUUCAGUUUGGCUGCCCUGUGAAGCUUCAGCAUUCGAGGUCCUCUUCUGUUAAAACCCAACUCUUGGCUGGGCGUGGUGGCUCACGCCUGUAAUCCCAGCACUUCGGGAGGCCGAGGCAGGUGCAUCACUUGAGGCCAGGAGUUCGAGACCAGCCUGGUCAACAUGGCAAAACCCCAUCUGUACCAAAAAAUGCAAAAAAUUAGCCGCUGACUUCUGUAAAAUAGGUCCAUUCAUUGCAGGAUCUAAAUGCCACACCUGAAUUCAGAGGCCUUGUUUAACCCCCAUGUCCACUUUGCCUCUGCAAUGCCUUUUUCUUCUUUUUAGCAAUAUGGCUCUGAGCACAAAGAUUUGGUUGGAAAUCAUGUUUGUGUUUUCAGAGUUUACAGCGUCAGUUGUACUGAAAACCACUUCCAGAGUCUAAAGCAGCUCAGAUGUUAUCUCUGGGGGAAUCAGUGUUCCUCUCAUUUAGCAACCUCCAUACCACAAGGUCUCUACCUGUAGUUACUGGGAUUAUCCAGAUACACUAUCAAUGAUACAAAUUCAUAGAAGUAUUAAUGCAUUUCUUUAAACACAACUUGAUUAAGAAGCAAAUAUGUUAAGCAGUUUUCUUUUUCUGCUGCUAAAUUACAGUUAGACACUUCAGUAUCUUCUUUUUACAUGUGUGUAUAAAUUAGUAAGAACCUGCAUCCAAAGCAAUGUAGUAGUGUGUGUAUGUAUCUAUAUACAUUUAUUCUAACUGAGCACUUCAGAAGCCUUUUUGAGUUACAACAAUAAAUAUUUUAGUUUGCUUCAUCUGUAGAGGUAAAAUUUCUAUAUUACCAAGCUCCAGAGGAAUAUGAUAUUUUACAGGCACAAUUUUCUGGCUGUAGCCCCUGGGGCAUUCAUUUGCUGGCCUCCGUGGGAUGCUGUUAGAACAAUUGUUAGCCGGCAAGAGAAGAAAGGGUACCAGGACAGCAUUUAUAAUUGUAGAAUGAGAGCCUUCUUCCCUCUCCCCUCCACUUUCAUUUUAGCAUGAGAGAAAAAAACAAUAGAUUGGAAAUGAUUGUUGCAUCUCACUUCAUGAAAGCAGGGGCAGAAGUUCCCCCUGGAUCCUUUUCUUGACAAGCAGUAAAGAGGAAGGUCCCCAUACACAUGUACCUAUGUGAUACUUGGUAGUUUCUAAGAAUGGUGCUGCAUAAACGUUGCUGUUAGGCUGGGAUCCUAUUAAUGAACGUUUGAUUAGUUCAGGCUUCCCAAUGGCAAAGGCAGACACCGUGGAGAUGGACAUUUACUGACUCCCCUUCUGUGUGGCUUCAGUCUCCCUGGCUAACACCACACCCGUGCGUACUGCGCUUGGCCCACUUUGCUGCAGAAACCUAGCAAGCGUUUCAUGUCAGGGCUACAGCUGAGAGCAAAAACUGCAAAAAAAAAAAAAAAAAGUCUCGUUGAAUGCCAGUUGUCUGAUACAAAUGCAGUGUCUUUUAAGUGACAGAAACACACCUAAAUACCUGCAACUCAAGCUCGCUAGCAUUUUUUUUUUGAGUACUUGAGAUAAAAUCCAAAACCCAUCCUCUAAUUUUGUGCUGUAUUUAUAUAUAUGUACAUAAAUGUAUAUAUAUAGAAACGUCGAGUUCUUCUGGAUUCUGAAUGUAAAUAAUUCUUGUAAAUUGGGACUCCACCCACCUGUUUCUCCCUUUUCCCUCUUCCCUUCAGCUCUAUUUAUUCUUUUCUUGAGUUUCCCAUAUGGGGCAUCUUAUGACUUUUUUUUUUUUUAAGAAAAGUAUGGAAAACUUUUCAUUUAGAAAAAUAUUUGUUCCUGUAUUUUAGAAUUCAGUUUUGCAUCUUUGCUGUAGAAUUCUUGUUUUGUGUUAAUGUUUUUUACUAUGUCUUACUGUGUUUUGCAUUUUUAUUGUGUGCAAUACAUUGUACUGGGGGGAUGCACUUGAGUGCCGUUUCUGAUACUGUCAUUGUAUGACUGCUGAUGCUCAUUUAUGUUGUUCUUUGGAAGCUAUAGUGAGCCUGAUGUUUUCACAUUUUAAAAAAUGCUUCCUGAGACUUCUUUAAGCUCCUCUAACUUCUUCAGUGCAUUUGGGAUCAAACUUAGCUCUUAGAUCAGCAAACCUGACUUGCGUCUACUUUUGCAAUUUUUCAGGCCUCUUACCAUAUUUCUUAUCUCUGGCUUCCCACCUGAUAGGAAAAUCUUGCAGAUUUGAAACAGUGGUUUCUGGCCUGCUGCUGCAGCAAAUUCCCUAUGUUUAUUUAAGAAGUUGGGCCUGUACUUUUAACCUACAAAUGAUGAGUAAUUUACUUGCAGUGAACACAGGUAGCCUGCUGCUGUUUAUAACCUGUUGAGGAUAUUUAUAGCAGGCAGGAGGCAGGCCUAGUGUGUUACUGACAGGUGACUUUAGAGAAUGUACAUUGGCCGGGCGCGGUGGCUCACGCCUGUAAUCCCAGCACUUUGGGAGGCCGAGGCGGGCGGAUCACGAGGUCAGGAGAUUGAGACCAUCCUGACUAACACGGUGAAACCCUGUCUCUACUAAAAAUACAAAAAAAAAAAAAUUAGCCGGGCGUGGUGGCAGGUGCCUGUAGUCCCAGCUACUCAGGAGGCUGAGGCAGGAGAAUGGCGUGAACCUGGGAGGCGGAGCUUGCAGUGAGCCCAGAUUGCGCCACUGCACUCCAGCCUGGGCAACAGACCGAGACUCCGUCUCGAAAAAAAAAAAAAGAGAGAGAAUGUACAUUAAGGCACAAUUGUCCUCCAAAAGAGCCAAGCAACUGCUCUGGAGCCUCCUAGGCUGACUCUGCUGGAGGAUGAGACAAGCAGAUUCCCAUUGCAGCACUGGCCCCUGGGGUCCCCUGAGCGGCUGUGCUCUCCACCCUUGUAUUGGUGAGUGGAUCUUGACUACAUCAGCCGUAAGCCUAGAAGCAGAGCUGGAUCGAGGCGUUUUUAAUAAUUCGAGUUGGGAAGACCCGGGUGGUUCAUGAAAAUGAUGGUAUUGAGCACCCGGGAGGCAGACAUUGGGUAUUUGUUCACAAUUUUGCACCUGUAAGAAAAUGUUCCUUUAUAACUUUCAAGAAGGAUUGCCGUGAGCGUCUUUGGGGCCUUUCAUUCAUGUACAAGUUUCAUUCAUUACUAUUCAACUUGGUAGACUUGGUGAAAAUGUAAAAGCAUUCUGUAUUUGGAUCAGUCUUGGGAACUAAAUUUGUCAUGAAUUGGGGCCUGUCACAGAUUGCCUCCAGUGUGUAUCCUCCACUCAGACCCUCCUUGCUCAGUCUCCCUCUGGCGCCCAGGGGGAAGCCAUGCUGUGGUUGGCAGUGCAGCCAUCUGGGCUGCUGCAACGUGGCAGGGUGCGGUCCAGCAAGACUGCCCCUUAGUGCAGGGCUAAGCAAGGAAAAGAAGAAGCCCAAAAAAGCGGGUUCUUUUUGAUACUUGUAAUUCAGGCGUCCUCCAGAGUGAAGGCCACUCUGCAGGCCCCUGGUGAGAACCUGUCUGGCUUUUCCACUGCAGGCCACUAACCAGUACCCUGCCCUUGUGGCCCAUUUGUGCCUGGGCAGAUGUUUCUGGCCAGCAGACACUGAAGGCCUUUUUGCUAUGACAGUAUUUAUGGCACUGAAGAGGAUAAAGAAGCUUGAGCCCUCUUUCUGACUCCCACUUUAUGGGGCAGAGAGAGCUUUUUUUUCUACAUAGCACAUUGCAGUCUCACCGCUAUCAGAAAAAUAUCCUGUUCAUGGUUUAUACUGAAUUUGCAAACUACUGAUAUGAUUUUUCAAUAACCACUUGUAUCUUCCAUCAUCCAUGAGAGGUGGAAAGAGGUACACUGUAUCUCUGCAAUAAAACUUUGGCCAGGUUCUACCUCCUCUGAGCAAAGGAUACUUUUCUAUGUAGGUGUAGAUCGUUCUCCUUUACUAACCUGACAUGGUGCAUCUGGAGACAACAUCUGAUGGGAUCCAAAGACAACUUGAAACAAAGGUGGAUGUCAGCUCUUGGUGUGUUUUCAUUUCGUUCUCUUUUUUAAAUCUCCCUUUUGUUAUCGCUCCUGUUGUAGCGUGUCCAUCAGUGUGUGAAGGGUGUGCCCUGUUCCAAUGAUACUGCAUUGCUGCAUCCAGCCUUUCGUGGGAGCACAGUACCAAGCGUCCGGAAUUGAUUACCCCAACCAUUUUUGAUAUGUAACUGAAAAAUGUGGUCUCAUGCAAUGAAAAUGUACUGGCUGCAUUUUAGCAAGUAAAAACCAUCAACCGUGAAGCGUAACAAAUUCUGUAUUUAGUUUUUUUUUGUUGUGGUGGUUUUUGUUUUGUUUUUUGUUUUUGUAAGAUUCUAAAUAAAUUAAAUAUGAGUCA